AUGAUGUAAACCACAUUGGUCCAAUUCAAGCCACGACCCUUUUCUGCAAAUCCGAAAGGGAAAAGAUAAACAAAACAGAGUUAUCUUUCCCUGUGGCUUAUUCCAUUCCAUCCCACUGAGCCCAAACCUUAAUUUCUGCUUACAAUGGCUUGCACGCUCGCAGAUUCAUUGCUACUAUUCAAGGGCUCUCAGCAGAAGCCAGCUCUGAGGAGGAGCAUUGCUGCCCAGUGUUCACCCAGCAUAUUUAAUAUAAAGGUUGAUGGGCUUAUCCAUAAAGGGUUCAGGCAUCAAAGACAUUUAAUUCCUAGGAAUAAAGUUGCUGUCAUACGAGCUGUGGCAAUUCCGGUAGAACCAGCUCCAGCUGAAAGUGCGGAGUACAGAAAACAACUAGCCGAAAGCUAUGGUUUUAGGAAAAUUGGAGAGGAUCUUCCAGACAAUGUCACUUUAAAGGAUGUCAUCAGUUCCCUUCCUAAGAAGGUCUUUGAGAUUGAUGAUGUUAAGGCAUGGAAAACUGUUUUGAUAUCUGCCACUUCCUAUGCUUUGGGGCUUUUUAUGAUUUCCAAAGCACCCUGGUAUCUACUUCCUCUGGCUUGGGCAUGGACGGGAACUGCAGUAACUGGGUUCUUUGUCAUUGGACAUGAUUGCGCUCACAAAUCAUUUUCAACGAACAAAUUGGUAGAAGACAUUGUUGGAACUCUGGCCUUUUUGCCACUUAUUUAUCCAUACGAGCCGUGGCGGUUUAAGCAUGACAAGCACCAUGCAAAAACAAAUAUGUUGAAUGAAGAUACUGCUUGGAACCCUGUUUCGAAGGAUGAGUUUGACUCAGAUCCACUUUUGAGGAAAGCAAUAAUAUAUGGAUAUGGUCCAAUUAGAUGUUGGAUGUCUGUAGCUCACUGGUUGCUGUUGCACUUUGAUUUGAAGAAGUUCAGACCAAAUGAAGUAAAGAGGGUGAAGAUAAGUUUAGCUUGCGUUUUUGCUUUUAUAGGAAUUGGAUGGCCAUUAAUUAUUUACAAGACUGGAAUCAUGGGAUGGAUAAAAUUCUGGUUGAUGCCAUGGUUGGGCUACCACUUCUGGAUGAGUACUUUCACCAUGGUACAUCAUACUGCACCACACAUACCAUUCAAAGACUCAGAAAAGUGGAAUGCUGCUCAAGCACAGCUAAAUGGAACUGUUCAUUGUGAUUACCCUCAAUGGAUUGAGAUUCUAUGCCAUGAUAUCAAUGUCCAUAUUCCACAUCACAUAUCCCCAAGAAUACCAAGCUAUAAUUUACGAGCAGCCCAUAAGUCUCUCCAAGAAAAUUGGGGAAAGUAUCUGAAUGAGGCUAGUUGGAAUUGGCGAUUGAUGAAGACAAUCAUGACGGUGUGCCAUGUGUAUGAUAAGGAGCAAAAUUAUGUUGCCUUUGAUGAACUUGCCCCUGAAGAUUCUCAACCAAUUAAAUUUUUGAAGAAUGUCAUGCCUGAUUAUGCUUAAGUUGAUCUGAGCUGGCUUAUUCUUGUACCAAUAUCUGUGUCAAAGUAGGUAGGUAUGCCAUUCAUUUUCCUUUUACGCGUUCUAUCAUGGUUCUAUUUUUUAAUUACUUAUAACAAGGGAAGAUUGCUAGGGUCUCUCUUAAAGUUCAAGUUCUAGGGUAAUCAUAUUAUGAAGUUGCGGAUUGUCCAAAGCCAAGCCCCUGAGAAGCAUUCAUUAAGGUUAAAGUAGAUGUUAUAGAUUUACUUUAAUCUGAACAGCGUGAUUCUUGUUAGAUUGUCACGUUGAAGCAACAUUAUAUUAUGCAUAUACAGUUGUCUAACGGAUAAUAUAACACGUGGAAUGUGAUGUUUUGAGCUGAAUGCCUUGUUCUGAGUA